AUGUUUAUAGAUGAUACGCAUGUUCGAUCUAUGAUUCGAGAAUCUUUGCAAAAGAUAUUGAACCAAGCUAUGGAAUCCGGUAAAAACGUGCAACAGAAUAAUGCGCAAAAUGCCGUUCUCUUCGAAGCUAUCAAUCUUAUUAUUCACCUAGAUACGGAACAUGAUCUUAUGGAUCAAGUAUGCACGCGUCUUGGCCGCUUUAUCCAGAGUCGAGAGACGAACGUCCGCUAUCUAGGACUCGAGGCCAUGACACAUUUGGCAGCUCGCACAGAGACCCUGCAACCUAUUAAGCAACAUCAAGACAUCAUUAUCGGGUCCCUGAAGGACCGAGACAUCAGUGUCAGACGCAAGGGUCUUGAUCUGUUGUACAGCAUGUGCGACUCUACUAAUGCUCGUGUCAUUGUCGCUGAACUUUUGCAUCAUCUCCAAAAUGCCGACUUUGGUAUUCGAGAGGAAAUGGUACUCAAGAUUGCCAUUUUGACAGAAAAGUAUGCCACUGAUGUUCAAUGGUAUGUGGAUAUCUCCUUGAGACUGAUUGCCAUUGCUGGUGAUCAUGUCAGCGAUGAGGUUUGGCAGCGUGUCAUUCAAAUCGUCACAAAUAACGAAGAGCUACAAGUUUACGCUGCGCAAAACACUCUGAAACAUGUCAAAUCGGACCAUUGUCACGAAACUCUUGUCAAGAUCGGGGCGUACAUUCUCGGCGAAUUCGGCCAUCUUAUUGCUGAGCAACCAAGUUGUAGCCCUGUUGAACAAUUCAUGGCCCUGCAGAACAAACUUGCUGGUAGCUCUGCGAGCACACGAGCUAUGAUUCUCUCCUGUUUCAUCAAAUUUGUAAACCUGUUCCCCGAGAUCAAGCCGCAACUGUUACGAGUCUUUGAAGUCUAUAGCUUUACUCUGGACCCAGAAAUGCAACAGCGUGCUUGCGAGUUUCUGGCACUCGCAAGGCUACCAACGGAUGAUCUGCUGAGAACUGUCUGCGAUGAAAUGCCACCUUUCCCUGAGCGAGAAUCAGCACUUUUGUCAAGACUGCACCAAAAACAUGCCAACACGAGUGAUCGACUUACUUGGGUUGUCGGAGGCAAGACUGCAAAUGCUGAUGGCACAGAACUUGGUAUGGCAAAGCCCACUCUUAAGAGGUCAUUCAGUUCAGGUACGGCUCUUAACGGAGGAGCUGCCAACGGCAAGACGAGUGGAAUCUCCGAUCUAGACGGUCUCGAUCUGGGAGCAGGCAGCGCCGACUCAAGAACAGCCAAGGCACCUAACCUUGCGAGCGCUGCGCAUCUUUCUCCCGGAUGGGAGAAGGGCUAUAACAAGCUUCUUCUCCGCGCUGAGGGUGUCUUGUACGAAGAUUCGCAGAUUCAAAUUGGCAUCCGUUCAGAAUAUCGUGGACAAAUGGCUUGUUUGAUUGCUUAUUUCAAGAACAAGAACCCAGGACCCAUCUCAUCAUUCACUACCACGCUUGACCUAGAUGAGAGCGAGAAAGACAAGCUGUCGUGGGAUGUUAAGGGACUUCCAGACAGCAGUCUUUUGAACGGAGGUCAGUCGCAACAGGUAAUCAUGUUUGAGGCUAAGAGCGCCUUUGAUAAAAGUCCGACAAUUCGUAUCAGUUAUCUCGCUGGUGCACUGCAGGCAAUUACACUGAAGCUCCCUGUUGCUUUGCACAAGUUCAUGGACCCAGCCGAUUUAUCGGCAGAAGACUUCUUCAAGAGAUGGAAGCAGAUUGGUGCUGGAGCUCGAGAAGCACAAGCCAUUUUUGGCUUGAACCCCAAAGCCAAGGGCCAUGAGAUUACAGAAACAUUUGUUCGAAAGACUGUUGAGGGGUUCCGAUGGAGAGUUCUAGAUAUGGUCGAUCCUAACCCAAAGAACAUUGUUGGUGCAAGCGUUCUCCAUACUUCGGCUGGCGGAAAAUUUGGAUGCUUGAUGCGCUUGGAGCCAAACUACGCUAAUCAGAUGAUUCGCCUGACUAUUCGCGUCACAGAUGAUUCAGUUCCAUCUAUCAUGUUGAAGUUAAUGCAGGAACGACUCUCAAACGGAGUCAACACACAUCAAGACUUGCCACAGACGAUCUCGCGGGAUGAUAUUUCUCAGACAUUUGGUAGCAUUAUGGUGUCGUAG